AUGCCUGCAGAUUCGGCCUCCUCCUGGACCACCGUCGAUGAUUUCCUUCAAAGCGGCGACAGCCGGGCCGCCAGGUGUUUCCGACGAACCCAAUGGGAUCAGGUAUGCCUCACUGCCUCGAAUGCAAACCGCCAUCUAGAAUGCGUUGCUCUAGAUCAAGUUACAAGCGGGCUCAACAACGUUGUUCGCCUGCUUGAGUUCUCCGACCGGAGUCGCUGGGGAGCCCGGGUCCGGAUCAAGAUCGCAGACGACGCCGAGCUCGAGACUGAGGUUGCAACAAUGCAAUACAUCAAGGAGCAUUCCGACUUGCCUAUUCCCAGAGUCUUUGCAUACGCCCUCGACGAGAAUAACCCAGCGGCAGUUGCGUACAUGCUGAUCGAAGUCCUCCCCGGCAUCGUCGCCAUGGACGCCCUUGGCGGCUACGAGCUGCACCGUGGCGUGAUACCCACGCAGUACCGUCGACAAUUCUAUCGCUCAGUGGCAACAUGCCAUGUUCAGAUAACCUCCAUACGACUCCCAAAGUUUGGCACCAUUGUUCGAAAUCGAGAGGGAGGAUACGAGCUCGGCCCCUUACCAGGGAUCGGCGGCCCGUUCAACACAGCAGCUGCUUUUUUCGAGGCUUGGGCUGACAACGUCAAAUUCAAGUGGGACAACGAGACUAUUGGGCGCAUGAUGCAGAGAGGACCGAUUCCAGCGGAGUGGAUGAUUUCUAUCAUCAACAAGUUCCCAUCACAGAUCAAAGCGAUGGCUAGCCGGCUUUCCGCAAGCAACAAUGGACCGUUUCCCCUAUGCUACGACGAUUUCCUCCAUAGUAAUAUCAUGGUUGACGAGAACAGUUUCGAUGUCACGGGCAUCAUCGACUGGGAAGGGGCAUGUACAGUACCCUGGGAGGUAAUUGCGUUUCCCGAGUUCCUUCAGGCCAUGCCCGUCUCCUUCGACCUCCCUCAGAAAUAUGACCGAGAUAGGCAACCCCUUGAUGAAGGAGUGAGGCAGACAUGGCGUGAGCGGCAGGAAUACAUUGAGAUGGUGAAGUCAGCGGAACUUGAAGACCACCUGCUCUCGACUUGUCUCAGUAGCAAUAAGAACCAGGCUCUGGCCUAUGCGUACGGGGCUUUUACUAGCAUUGGGAAGUUGGGCUUCUAUGAUAGAGUUAUAGAACAGAUAGAGAGGGAGAGCUGGAAUCUCCAGAAUCGAACGGGUUGCCGACCGGGCCAUCGCCCGAAUUACAUAGGAAAAGGCAUUCCACUAGUGGAGGGGAGAGGAGUUGAAAGCAGAAAAUGGUUGUUCCACUAGAUCGUCCUAAUGGGUCUGCUCCUCUUCCUGCUAUAUCCAGCGUGUGGGCCGCCUUUGGCUACCUUCGGUUCGUUCAAACUCGGCUUCGAUUAAGGGCACCUGCUUUAGAAUCCACUACAGCAGAAGACGCUGGCGGCGUAGAUUUCUCUUCGCCCCUAGUCUCUGAGGCACAGACCUUACUCUCGUGAGCGUUGGUG